AUGUUGUUAGGUCUAUGUAUUGAUGGUAAGGUCGUAAAUGGUAGAGUUAACCAAGAUAACUCUAUAUGUGAUGAAUUGUUGAGUGCCCCUUUGUCUGAAAUCACAACUAUGGUAGAGACUUAUAGUCAAGCUAGGGGUCAAGUACUGCAAAGAGUAUGUUUCCUCUAUAUAAGUUGGGCAAAAUUCUCAUUUGAAUACUCAUCUUUGUUAAUAUUUGCUAUAUUUAUAUUAUUGUGCUUUGAAGAAAUCAUGGAAGUAUCAUCAAGCUCUAACAUAAUGGAUAAUCAAAGGUUGCCACAACUUGAAAAUGUGACUGAUGUCUUUUUGCCUGCUGCUGAAUAUGAAGUCCCAAAUCCUCAUGGAGAUGAUCUAACUCUAGAUCAUGAGACUAGAAGACGUUUACUAAAUCGAGGAUACUCCAAAACCCAUCGAGAGAAAAAGAAAUGUCAUAUCGAAAAUCUGGAAGACAAAAAAAAUUCACUCUCUGAUAUAAUAUGUAAAGAAGUUCCAAUGUUUAAGGUUUACACAAACUUUAAUUCUGUUAUUAAGUCUAAAAUUAACACUUUGGAAGAAACAUUAUCUCAAGUCAAUUCAAAUGGGGAGGUCGUAAAUGUUGAGAUGGAUAAGAUGAUCAAUACACUGGAGCAGGUGAGAUUAUCCAAAGAGGCAACUGAAGCUGAGUUCAUUAGGAAGAAGAAGGGAGGAAAAUGAAAUGCAACUUAAUGUAACAGUUUUUAUAUAAAUAUUAUGAUAUAAAUAUAAAUAAGGAUUUCGUUAUAGGUUUAAUUGAAAUACACUGACAGUGUAAAAUGAUUUUACACCGUUA